CAUUUUGCAACAAAAGGUGGCAGCGUAGUUUGUCGCCGCCAUCGUGCCACAUCAAUGUCUCGUGUCAUUCAAUGGACUUGUGGGACCUUGGGAAGUGCUAAAGUGGUCGCCUUAGGAAUUUUUCAAAGGCUAUCCGACAUUAAACAAGGCAGCUGUAAUAUACAUAAAUAUUAGGACUGCAGUUUACCAUUUUGUUACAAGUACAUAACACCAUUGCUAUAGAGGUGGAAUGGAUUUGUCAUUGAAAUUGCGAAGAACUCGUGAAAACAGGAUUCCCAGUGAUGUUCUACAAAAAGAUCAGCCAAGACAACAACCACCUAGCUACCAUUCACUACCAGUUCCUCCAUGGAAUGCAUAUGCUUUAGGAUACCAGGCAAACACACCCACCAAUGAGGAUAGCCACCUGAUUGGUGAAAAUAAAGGGAACUAUAAUUCUAAUAAAGGAAUAGCAACUCAAUUGGCCCCAGAGGAAUUUUCCCUUGAUGAUGUUCGCCAUUUACAAAAACUCAUAAGGGACCUCCAUGCAGAGAACAUCCAGAAAACCCUAUCUUACAUUCAGCUGGAACAGGCCUAUUAUUGCCUCAAAGAUGAGGUGACUGAUUUAAAACGCCUAAAAGUCAAACAAAAGGAAGAGGCCGAAGGUCAGGCUCGGGCAUCAAGUAAUAUGAAGUUUGACGAAGCGGGAAAAGAGGAGCUGCUGAAGGAAUCAGAUGAACUUAAGAAGACUUUUGAGGUGCUAGAGCAUGAAGAAACUUAUCUAAGUGGACCGAGUAAUGCCGGUGAACGAAGAUUAGAAAAUUUCCAUGCUAUCAUGAAUAAUAAUGUGAUUUUGGCUGAAAACACAAGACUCUUGGAUGCUAUGAUGCAGAAGGUGCAAGCUCUAGAAACAGAACUUGCUGUCUGGAAGGAACGUAACAAGGAUCGUGAAGAGCUACAUGAGGAAAAAUCUUCGACGAAUGCUGAAAAACAGACGGAUGUGGAUAUUCCACAACGACCUUCCAUCCUUAAGAAUAGGCACUUAGAUAUCUGCCUUACUUUGGACGAAGAAAGGUCACCGCAUCGAGGUCGGCAAGACAAUGGUCAAAGCCAUACUUUCAUUUACAAAUACCUAGCUCCCAAGACAAACUCUUGUUUUUCCUGUCUUAAGGCAGUAUUAUGCCGUUGUCCAAAGGCACCGCUUCAAGCCCAUGUUCGAAAGACAGACUGAUCCAACCCACAAAUUUUAAAUUUUGUAGUACUGCAUACAUUUUUUGGCAAUUAUAAUCUUUAAUAUCUAUUUUUGUAAAAAUCAACUUCUAAAACAGCUUUCUGCUGCGAAGGCAAUGCUUUCAAUAGAAAGUCGUAUGUUUA